GAAGGUGCUUGGCUCAGACAACUCGGCGAAGCAGGAGGGGCCGCCGCUUCCUUGCUGCAGCCCUUUGCCUGCCGGCGAGGGGCAGGGCGCGAGCUCCGCAGCCCCUGCCAGCCCGCGGCGCGCGGCCUGGGGGGGCUUGGCUGGGGGCUCGGGAGCCUGCGAAGGGGCUCGCGCCGGGCAUCCAAGCGGAGCCGGAGACGAGCCCAGCCUCAGCCCUUUGGCGCGGGAGCGGCCGGCAGCCUUGACCCACCCGGCUGCACCUGCUCCCUGCUCGGAUCAUGUCAGCUAAGGUGCUGGUGCUUGUCCUGCUCCUGGCCGUGUUUCAAGCCUGUUCCAGGAAGGUUGAAGAGGAUGAAUAUGAAGAUGUAACAGGCAACCAGAAAUGGGUAUUAGCUCCAAAAACACAAGACACAGAUGCGACUCUUAUAUUAAACAAGUUGCUGAGAGACUAUGACAAAAAGCUUCGGCCAGACAUAGGAAUAAAACCAACAGUUAUUGAUGUUGACAUUUAUGUUAACAGCAUUGGCCCAGUAUCAUCAAUAAAUAUGGAAUACCAAAUAGAUAUAUUUUUUGCUCAGACAUGGACAGACAGUCGUCUUCGUUUCAACAGCACCAUGAAAAUACUGACUCUAAACAGUAAUAUGGUUGGAUUGAUAUGGAUACCAGACACUAUCUUCCGAAACUCUAAAACAGCAGAAGCUCACUGGAUCACUACACCCAAUCAGCUUCUGAGAAUAUGGAAUGAUGGGAAAAUUUUGUACACCUUAAGGCUCACCAUCAACGCAGAAUGCCAGCUGCAGCUACAUAAUUUCCCAAUGGAUGAACAUUCCUGCCCGUUGAUAUUCUCUAGCUAUGGCUAUCCUAAGGAAGAAAUGGUAUACAGAUGGAGGAAAAACUCAGUAGAGGCUGCAGACCAGAAAUCUUGGAGACUCUAUCAGUUUGACUUCAUGGGUCUCAGGAAUACUUCAGAAAUUGUGACAACCUCUGCAGGUGAUUACAUAGUCAUGACGAUAUACUUCGAUUUAAGUAGAAGAAUGGGAUACUUCACUAUUCAAACAUACAUACCCUGUAUCCUAACAGUUGUGUUAUCCUGGGUAUCAUUCUGGAUUAAAAAAGAUGCUACACCAGCAAGAACAGCACUAGGUAUUACCACUGUAUUGACCAUGACAACACUGAGUACCAUUGCAAGAAAGUCUUUACCUCGUGUCUCCUACGUCACUGCCAUGGACCUGUUUGUGACCGUAUGCUUUUUAUUUGUCUUUGCUGCUCUGAUGGAGUAUGCAACCCUCAACUACUACUCGAGCUGCAGGAAACCACACUGUACCAAGAAGAAAAAGUCGCUACCUGAUGUCAGUUUUGGUCACAUGAUGAACUAUUCUGUACUUGAUAUAAGACCACCACCUACAGUCAUCACAUUGAACAAUGCCAUGUACUGGCAAGAUUUUGAAGAGACUUGUGUCUAUGAGUGUCUGGAUGGGAAAGACUGCCAGAGUUUUUUCUGCUGUUAUGAAGAAUGUAAAUCUGGCUCAUGGAGGAGAGGACGGAUUCACAUAGACAUCUUAGAACUGGACUCCUAUUCCAGGGUCUUUUUUCCAACAUCGUUCCUGCUGUUUAACCUGGUCUAUUGGGUUGGAUACCUCUAUCUUUAAGUUUAUCGGUAGUGGUGAAGACUACUGUUUCACAUUUCUUGGGGAUGGCGAAUAUGAAAAAGUGAAGGAGGACAUGGUCAGUUUCAUCUCAAAUUAUACAGGCCACGUUACUUUUGUCAUCACAAAAUCAAUGAAGGAUUUUAAUAUAUAGUUGCCUGAAAAAGAAAAAACCUUGAACAAUUCUCCUGACUGCUAUUCAUUUUAAGUACAAGAUUCUUACUAAAUUCAGCUGAAUUUGUACUGUAAGCAAUGUUUAUUAAUUCUUAUAUAAUGGACCUUUACUAUUCUCCCUUGGCAUAGAAAGCUAGACAGCAUUCAAGCAAGAAACAAAGGUCAAACAUCUGAUGUGGGUUCUUCAGUCUUAUGUCUCUUUCAGUUUCCCCAAGUCCCCAGGGCUCAAAGCAACUCCCACAGGCACUGGUUAGCCAUGAUGUCUAAGCUCAUACCAAUGCAGGCCACAUUUUUUUAUUGAGACCCAUUCCACAGGUGUUGGGAGAUCUUGUCUUGACUGUCUCUUUGCAUGGGACAAAUCUCAAACCAUGCAAGCGCCCUUCUGUUGCAAAGCUAUGGGAUGCAUGGGCUUAGCCCUCCCUUUCUGUACACAUUGGUUCUAAUUUGAGGUGAAAAGCUGAUUUAUAAGACAGGCAAUGUCUUUGACUUUUUCAAACUCUGAGCUAUCUCUGAAGUAGCUGCAACUAAUAAGCAUUUAGAUCUUAAAAAAAAAACUGACCAAGCAUAACAGAAUGGCAUAUGAUUUCUGGAAUAGUUUACUUGAAACUGGACAGGACUUCUGCUUGUUUGUGAUAUUGUAGCAGACUAUACAUGAUAGGACAUAUGUAAGAUUCACUACUUAAUAGCAGUAGGGGUAUGUGAUUUUCUGCAGAUUACAAUUUAAUGCAAAGUUCAGCCAUGCAUUUUUCUUCUCCUCCCUUGCUCCUUUAAAUUACUUUACAGAGUGAAGGACAAACAAGUAUAUUCUUUUCCUAUAGAAUUAAAUCUUGAAGUCCUUAAUUACAGAAGACUCCAAUGAGAGUCUUGUCUGAGUUAAGCACUGAAAAAAAUUGAUCUAUGUAAUUCAGUAUAGGAGAUGGCAAGUUUUAACACUGGGUGUAAAUCAAAACAGUUAUUGGAUCAGAAAAGACUAGGGUUGGUUUUUUUUUAAAUAACCAAAUAGAUUUUAACUUGGAAAAGCAUUUUGUAUUUUUGGAACAUGUUUCACAAGUUAAAUUAUUAAGAAUUGUCCAUUUUGCAACAUUUUAAAAUAUUUCUACACUGUUAAAAACCUCUUACGUUUUCAGCAAAUGCUCAGUAAUUUAUUAAAACAACAAAAAAAACUUAACAUUCUCCACCAAAAACCAAGUAGCAAUGAGUUCUCUGUGCUCGUUAGUUGAAAAUAGCCACAUCAAGCAAGAAGAGUGUGUUAGAUUAAAACGUAAGUCUGCCUCGUGUGUAUUUGAAAAUAAUGUACUGUACGUUAUAUCUGAAGAACAAUUCCUUCUGUCCUCAAAUGGAAACAUAUAUAAAAUCCCAUAAACAUACAAGGACUAAUAGCAGAGUUAGGCUUGCCAAAGAUGAGGGGGAACUGGGAAGGGCAAAGACCAGUGAUUCAAAGGUAACUGGGACUCCUUGCUGCUGCCACUGCUGCAAUAGCAGUAACAGAGUCCAAGAACCCCAAGUCCUUUAAAUCACCACUAAGAUGCCGUGUGCUCUGUGCGGCACAGCGGUCUGGCUGCCCCAGCCAUGUCCCUUCUGCCUGAGGCCCCGUCCCUUCUGGGAGUGUGCAGCCAUCCUCUCCGUGCACCUUAUCUAGGGGCCUGCAGAGGCUGUUGUCUCCCCUGGUAACUACAUGGAACCGUAAUUUAGUCAGGUUCUUGGAAACACCAAUGAAUCUCACUGCUGCUUCUUCUGUCUUUGCAGAGUGUUUUUAAUUAAGUAAAUAGCUCACAAGAAACCUAAAAAUCGUUUUUUCAACAUAUUUCUAGUAUCAUAAAAAUAUAGCCAAGACAAAGGAUAAAUUGAAAAAAGAAGCUGGAUCUAGAAAAACUCUUGCAUGUUUGGCAAAUCUGAAGCAGAAGUACUAAAAAAGUAAUCGUCUCCUUUGAAGAGAAAAGGAAAUGGGGUGGGUUUUUUUGGCCAGAUCAGGACCUCAUUUUAGUGAAGUCUAUCCUAACUCCUACCAUAAAUUAAAACAAACACUCAUCUUCCCCAAAUAUCAACAUAUUCAUAAUGAAACCACAUUUCCUUUGUAGCUCACUGUCAUUCUGUAAACUUUCUGUGCGCUGGUGUGGUAUUGUGGGUUCCCUGCAUUGGAUUUCAGCUAUUGUCUAAGCAAUAUGGGUGGUGGACUUACAAAGCGAGAUAAAGCUAAAUAUUCAGGGCUAAAACCAAGUAAAUAGAUUCUCUGAUAAGAGCCACCCACAAUAAGCCUAAAAAAGAGAACAGAUCCCGUUAUCUUCUGCACCCUGAACAUGGUAACCCUCUGCACACAAACACCAAUUGACUUCAGCGGGAGUGUUCUAGACAAAGAGGGCUGCUUGCAUCAUUAGACCUUUGAUUAAUAACAUUUUAUUUAUUAAGCAGUUAUAUACUUAGAUGGAUUUUCUUAGACUCAGUGGAAAUGGAAUAUUCCAUUUUUAGACUAUGCAGUACCGUGAUUGGACUUUACUCAUUACCUUGGUAAUACUGAGUUCUGCCUUGCAUGCAGGGUACUGAACUAGAAGUCCUCUGGAUGUCCCUUCCACUCCCAUGCUUCUAUGAUUUCUCCCCAACUCAGCUAAAAGCACACACAGUACUCUCAGGUCCUCCCUUGGAAGAUUAAUUCUUUUAGGAGUCUGAUUAUAUUGCCUCUCUUUUAUAAGUAUUGACACAAACAGAUGGUGAGAAUUUUAAACACCCUGCUCAUCCACAUCCUGUACAAUAGCGAAGUGCCAGACCAAAAUUUAGCCUCUGUAUUGCUGAAGGUAAACUUCCAUAGCUAUUCUUGGACAACUGCAAACCUGACAGCAUGUGGGUACCCACACACCCAUCUUUCCCCCAGUCCAGCAUGACUGCAGCAAAAUACCACCUGCCACAAAUGUAUGUCUAUCUUCCUUAGCUUUCUAGAACUGCAGUUUCACAGCUCCAGUAGUGAUAUACUGAAACCAGUCACAUAAUUUCAAUACACACGGAACAAGAACAUGCAGUUGUAUCCUUCACUUGCUACUCCUCUUAUCUAUUGAGGGCUGUGUGAAAUGUGUCCUCUUGAACUGGGUUAUUCUGCUGUCACUAAUUUGGUCCUUUGAGCUUCAGUGCAGUAAACUGUACAUAAAGGAGGCAGCUGAGAGACACUAGGUUCUUGGAGAGUGUUUUUAUAGUCAUUGCCCCUGGAACUGUUGCUAGUUUCCAUGACUUACUCUGUCUGUUUCAGUGCUUAAUAUUCUGGUGGCAGUUAAGACACAGUUGACCUAGGGCAAAAUCGGACGAAGUCGGGCUCAGCAUAAUUCAAAAUGUAAAUAUUUGCAUCAUGCCCGUUUCCUAUUUAUAGUCCCAGAGAAUAUUUAUAUUCCCUAUCCACACCCUUGCUAAUGUGAUAUGAAAAUCAUAUUCUACCCAUGGUUUUUUCAGCUUCUUUAUGAGGGAGAAAGAAGCUCAAAACAUUUCUGGGGUGUCACAACACAAAUUUAACACUCUACUUUUUAGUUAGCUUUGUUGCAGGCAUUAACUUAUUCAUGUUUUUGCGAUGCAAAAAUUUGAAAGGCAAAA